AUGGUUGUUUCCAAAGACGUGGACGACAUCACGUUGUACGAACACAACACACUAAUUUUCUAUGUAAACGGUCACCGAGUAGAGGAGAAUCACGUUGAUCCAAAAACCACACUCGCUGUCUACCUUCGAGAUCACUUGCAUCUCAAGGGGACGAAAAUUGGCUGCAAUGAAGGAGGAUGUGGAGCAUGUACCGUAAUGAUCAGCGAAAUUAACCCCGUCAACAAUGAAAUACGACACUAUUCUGCUAACUCCUGUUUAAUGCCCAUAUGUGCAGUUUUCGGAAAAGCCGUCACUACCGUAGAGGGAAUCGGUUCGACCGUCAACAAGAAACUGCAUCCUGUACAGGAACGAUUAGCAAUAACCCAUGGCUCCCAAUGCGGUUUCUGCACACCAGGCUUUGUCAUGGCCAUGUAUGCUUUGUUACGGAACAACCCCACACCUAGCGUGGCUGAUGUGAAUGAAGCUCUUCAGGGAAAUCUCUGCCGAUGUACUGGAUAUCGACCAAUUUUGGAGGCUUUCUAUAGUUUCACUGUCAAAGAAAAUGGUGACAUGAAGGUAACUGAAAGUAACGGGUGCGGAAUGGGCGAAAAGUGCUGCAAGGUGACGAAAAACGGAUGUCCUGCUGGUGAGGUUAGUUUACUGCGCCAAUUUAGAUGA